AUGGAGUGGACGGCAGCUUGGGAUCCAGAUUACGGAAGAGAUCAUAACGAAGCACAGCCUCUCGGUGCCCUGAUGAUAGCAAGAGGAAUGCUUGCGAUACUCUGGUUGGAAGCAGGUCCUGCGGUUUCGAUCUGCGUCCUUGGUGCUUUAGGUGGAACCCUCGUUGGGAAGUACGACUCGGGCAGGGGAGACAGAUACGGGGUGGCCAAUAGGUUGCAGAGGAAGGGAAAUCGGGUAGGAGAACAAGGCGAGUGGUGGUCAGCCUCCAGCGGCACGGCGCGCGCUGGGCAGAGAGAGUAUGAGUAUGGCACGAGCUGCUGCCGCGCGUGGUGGCCGGACAGCCGGACAGCCGGACAGCCUUCUGGGCAGUCGACAGAGAAAGAUUAA